GACUCAGGAAGAGCGUUUCUUUCUCAGGACAGCAGGACUCCACACAGGACCAGGUGAUUCACCUGAUUUCAAAAGUUUUCCUGGGACCAGAACAAACCUAGACAUGACGGUCUCUUACAGUCUUGAAGUGGCCGAUGCCCGAUUUGGAGGCUUCUCCAAACUUCUGUUUAGGUGGAAGGGAAGCAUCUACAGGCUGCUGUACAGAGAGCUGCUGGUGUUCUGUGGGCUGUAUCUGUUUUUCAGUGUGAUGUACAGGUUCUUCCUCACUCCGAGGCAGCAGGAUCUGUUUGAGCGAGUCGCCCUGUACUGUGAUCAGUUCACCAACACCAACUUUAUCCCAGUUCUGUUUGUUCUGGGUUUCUAUGUGACUUUGGCCUUUAACCGUUGGUGGGGUCAGUACACCAGCUUCCCACUGCCUGAUAACCUGAUGAUGGUGGUUUCUGGAAAUGUCCACGGAUCAGAUGAGAGAGGUCGUCUGUUGAGGAGAACAUUAAUGAGAUACGCCAACUUAUCCUCAGUUCUUAUCCUCCGCUCCAUCAGCACAAGAGUUCACAAGCGUUUCCCAACUAUGGAGCACAUCGUGGAGGCUGGCUUUAUGACGACACAUGAGCUGAAGAAGUUUGAGUCUCUUCACUCUGAUUUCAACAAGUACUGGAUGCCUCUGACCUGGUUCUCAAACCUGGCAGCCAGAGCGAGAGAGGAGGGUCGAGUGAGAGACGACAUCGCUCUGAGACUGCUCAUGGACGAGCUGAACAAAUACAGAGCUAAGUGCAGCCUCCUGUUCCACUACGACUGGAUCAGCAUCCCUCUGGUCUACACUCAGGUCGUUACUAUAGCAGUUUACUCUUUCUUUGCCUUCUGUGUGAUUGGACGUCAAUUCCUAAACCCCGAGAAAGGCUACAAGGAUCACAAGCUGGACCUGUACGUCCCAGUGUUCACCCUGAUGCAGUUCUUCUUCUACGCUGGUUGGCUCAAGGUGGGGGAGCUGAUAAUCAACCCAUUUGGGGAGGACGAUGAUGACUUUGAAACCAACCAGCUGAUUGACAGAAACAUUCAGGUGUCCAUGCUGGCUGUAGAUGAUAUGUAUCAGAACCUGGCUCCAAUCGUGAAGGACAAGCACUGGGCGCAGAGACAUUUCUCCAUCCCUUAUACUCUGUCCACUGCAGCCGAGACUCUCAAACCAGCCUUCAAAGGAUCCACCUUUGACAUGAGGAUGAGUGCAGAGGAUCUUGAGGUUCAUCAGUCUUCAGACACUCUGAAACAGAGGCAGUUUUUAUCUGUGAAUGGCUCUCUGGGUGACGGUCUCAACAGUCUCCUGCAGAGGGGCAGAGGCAUCCUUCUCGGUGGGAGCCUCCCUUCACUGAUAGAUGUCUCGUCACACCAAAAUGAGGAUGAUGAAGAUGAUGAUCUGGCUGAUGAAAACAUCGACAACAACCACAAGGAACGAGAAAUGCCAUUGAUAAAAGUUUCAGUGGUAAAAACCAGUAAUGAUGAUCAGAAUAUAUAG